CAGCCAUGCCGUCGUCGCCGCUGCGGGUGGCCGUGGUAUGCUCCAGCAACCAGAACCGAAGUAUGGAGGCGCACAACAUCCUCAGCAAACGAGGAUUCAGUGUCCGAUCCUUUGGAACUGGGACUCAUGUGAAGCUUCCAGGACCAGCACCCGACAAGCCAAAUGUUUAUGAUUUCAAAACCACAUAUGAUCAGAUGUACAAUGACCUUCUUAGGAAAGACAAAGAACUCUAUACACAGAAUGGCAUCUUACAUAUGUUGGACAGAAAUAAGAGAAUCAAGCCUCGGCCAGAAAGGUUCCAGAACUGCAAAGACCUGUUUGAUCUGAUCCUCACUUGUGAAGAGAGAGUCUAUGACCAGGUAGUGGAAGAUCUGAAUUCCAGAGAACAGGAGACCUGCCAGCCAGUGCAUGUGGUCAAUGUGGACAUCCAGGACAACCAUGAAGAGGCCACCUUGGGGGCCUUCCUCAUCUGUGAACUCUGCCAGUGUAUUCAGCACACAGAAGACAUGGAGAACGAGAUCGACGAGCUGCUGCAAGAGUUUGAGGAGAAGAGUGGCAGGACUUUUCUGCACACGGUCUGCUUCUACUGACACCAGCCCAGGCCCUGCACGCCGCCACCCUCCUGAAGCCAUCUUCUGAAGCUUCUUCCUUUUGUUAAUAGUUUUCCUUCCUGAUACUUGUUUUUACGUUCAAGUGUUCUGCCGGUGGAUGGUAGUCUUGCCCAAAUAAACUGUACAUAUUAAAUGAGAAUAUAUACAUAAAUACCAGAUUAAGAACAGUUUUCCUAUCCCACUUUUACUAAUGAGUGGGAUAUUAAAGUUCUUUUUUUCCUUCCACCAAAAAUAAACGGUCUAUAGUACAUUUUCCCACAUGCUUGUCUCUUUCAGUUGCACCUGCCUUUUCCUUUCCUCUCCCCUAACUGGCUGGACUGUACAGAUACUCAAAUAAAGCAAUGGGCUGCACCUACUAGGAGAGGACAUGGAGCUGUCCAAUAAAUAGA